AACAAGAUGAUCACUCAGAAUACCCUAAUUGGGACCUUUUAAGCAUGCAACUCCUCAACACAGCGUAUUACAAACACCCGAUAGUCUUGAUUCUUGAUCAAGUAGACCGUAUUGUUAAAAAUGACCCAGAGUUUCUUGAGAUACUUCGAAAGACUGUGCGAAUAGGGGGCUCCCUUGUCGUUAUAUUUAGCGCAAGUAAAGGCUUGGUUCCGCAAAUUAUGAAAUCUCGUUCUGCCUGGUCACGUGCAGCGAUUCCUUUUGAAGUUGGUGAUAUCUCAGAUGAAGAAGCUGUGAAAUUUCUGCAGAAUUCUGGCAUUGAUCAAAAAACGCUGAAGUUUCAAUACCUAGCGGGUGGAUGGUUUACAUUAUUGAAGGAGCUCCAAGCACUAAAUCAUGUCAAUUCUAAAAAUUUAUUUGAAG